AACGGGUCACCUGUACAGCAAGAGCAAGAGAAACAAAAAUAACUAACGAAGUGGACCAGAAGAAGGGAGGAACGAGAGGAGGAGGACCUAAGAAGCGAUACAAAGCGUUACAGGUCAAAAGAAGAAGAGGAAGAAGAAGACCAAGACCAAGGCCAAGCACCGCUCAAAACAAAAACAAACGCAGGAGAAGAGUAACAGUGGGCCCACAGCCUAACUAGCCCCAUAAAACACCCACGAAGAAGAAGAAGAAGACCUCCCCACCAUUAACCCCACACACGCCACUCUGAGUCUUCCAAAACUAAAAGAACUCCACCUUAACCUGAUGGAUGGCAACUUAUCGCCACUAAAUUAGUAACAUUUAUCACCAGAAAAACAUGAACCACGUCAAAAAAUCGUUGGUUGGGUGAAACGGUAAAUUGUCCCAUAUCGCUGUUAAGGAAAGAAACUUAUUGUAACUAUUAUUGUAACCUGGCGCUGCUGAUAUGGUGCAGGUGUGACGCUCUGUUGAAGGGGCCUUUUCAGAAACUGUGACUAAGGAAGCAGGCUUUGUUCCCUCAAGGUACUGAAUCCAAGGUCAAAAAUAAUGAGAUCAAGUUAAGGUUUAACCAGCCAGCCACUCCAUGUCAGGCACACCAUGGAGAGACAUUUUGGGAACUACGCCUCUUUAAGGCAGCAGAUUGUUAAUUCCAGUCCAGAGUUGAGAGCAUUGGAGUCAAAACUUCAAGCCUGUGCGGUUACUCGUGACAACAAGGCAGCCAUCGCUGAAAAAGGAGUUCAUGAGAAAUUAAGAAAAAUUGGAGAAAGAGAAUAUGCUGACUUGGUGAAGAUGAUGGACCAAGAAGAACAGCUUUCUGCAACCCUGACUCUGGCUGACCAACAUGCCAAAAUACAGGAAACUCAGAGGGUCUUGAAGGAUCAGAUCAAUGAAAAGGAAGCCAACAAAGCCAAAACGGAGGCUGAGAAAGUGGUUGAGAUGAUGGCUGAGGUGGAUGAGAGCAAGGUGAUGGAAGAGGAGAAAAAAGAGCAUUGGAUGAAGAAGCAAGCAUACCAAGAAAACACUCGACAGAUCCUUCAGAAGCAGGCCCAGCUGAGGAAGCUUCUUGAAGAGGAAAAUAAAUUAGAAGACAGAAAUCUUUCAAGAUCGGCAGAAGAAUAUAAUGUGAAGAUAGAACUCCAGAAGGAAAUGGAACAUCAGAAAGCAGAGAUGCAGAGGCUUGAAUACCAACAACGAGAGCUGUCUCUUGUUCAGAAACUAGAGGAGCAGCAGAUAAAAAGAGACAUGCUUCAGGAAACAAAGCUGGAAUUGGAGAUAUUGGAAAAAACUGCUCAAGAGAGGAAAAUUAUUGAAGAAAAGGAGAAGAAAAGAGAGGAAGCAAGACUCAACCUCCUUAAAGGACUAGAUGACCAAAUAAGAUAUAAAGAGGAGCAAGAAUCUAAGGAGCAAGAAAAAGAGGCAGAAUAUGGAAAAUUGCUUCUGGAGGUCAUGGCUGAGGAAGGUCGCCUGGAGCAGCUGGUGGCCAGGGCUCGCAGGCAGAGGCAGCUGGAUCACCGCCAGCUGGUUGAAUGCCUCCUGAAGGAGCGGCGAGCACUGAGGGCCAAGCUAAUGGAGCAGCGGCGGCAAGAAGACCAGGAAGAAUCAGCAUAUAACCAUCUCAGAAAAAGCAUCUUGGAGGAGGAAGAAAAGCUCCUGCUGCUCAAGCACGCGCCGCACCUGCUGCCGUUCUUCACCCCGGAGCUGCGCGCCCGGCUCAGGCAGCUCAUCUGACACAGCUUGAUUUCAGUGCAAACUCAUCAUUAGCAUCUUGUCUCCUUUCAUAUUUUUUAAAAUGAUAGCUAUAAGUUUUUUAUAAGAUUUGUAAUAACUUGUUAUUUAAUAAUUAAAUGUUAUUUCACACAAUCAUAAGAAUAAAUGCACAUCA